AUGCUAUUGAUGUUACUCAAAUCAGUGCAUAAAUCUGAUUCUACUAUUGUUCAUCAAAUGCUCAAUUUGACAAAUCAACUUGUUGAACAAAUUCCAUUGAACUGUCUUUCAUCCGAUGUUUACAAACGAUCACACAAUUUAUUUAAAUCUGUAAAACCAUUAACCGACUAUUGCCAAGAAUUAUCAAUACAAACUGAUAUUGAUCCAAUUGCAGCAAAUCAAUCAAUUAAAAUUUUAUUUCAUUUUUCUGUCAUGAAGGCAUCAUUCAAAGAUAUUCUACCAUUAAUAAGAAAAUUAAUUUUCAAUACGAAUGAUAUUUUUGAUAUAAGAAAAUUACUUGUUAAAUUGAACAAACAUCUAACGAUGACGUUAGAUCGAUUUCAAAAAGAAAAUCAAACAUCAUCUAUAACAACAACUAUACCACAAAAUAGUACUACAGAUAACAAUGUCACAACACAAGUUCAAAAUAGAACUGAAGCAGUAUUACCAACUGAAAAAGCAUUGGAUAUUGAACAGAAACUUUUGGCUGCUAUAGAAUAUCUUAAAUUAAUUGAAGCAUAUCCAAAUACACAAUUGAUAACAAUAAAUAAAAAGAAAUUCACUGGUCAAUUCAUAUGUUCAAUAUUACUUGUUCAUAUUGAUUUACAUAAUCAAUUUCAUGCAAAAUCAAAAUUCGAACGUGGUUCUAUAAAUGGAUCAUUUUCAUUUGAACUAGAAGCUGAAACAUUUAAAUAUCUAUUUGAAAUAAUCGAACAAUUAACAAUAGUAAUAGAAACAUCAUCCAAUACGAAUCUUGAAUACAUUUUGAACAUUUGUUUAAGAUUAUUCACAACACAUUUACAAUUUUUAAUAAGUGCA